CCCCCCCAGCUUCCUGUUCUCUCAGUUUUCCUCUCUGUUAGUCCCACCUAUACUUCCUGCCUGGCCACUGCCAAUCAGUGAUUUAUUCAUUGACCAAUCAGCAACACAUUUGACAUACAGACCAUCCCACAGCAGUUAUAGUUGAAGAUUAAUUAGGAUACAUUUUGGACUUACCAAAAUAGGAUAGAUAAUGAAAUUAUUUUCUCUGAAUUUGUCAAAUACAAAUGGACUAGACAUUGUUUAGGUAUUUAUUACUUGUAUAUAUUGUAUAUAGUUAUUGUCCUUUUGUAUAUAGUUUUUCUUAUAUUAGUUAUAAGCUUUUUUUUUUCCUUUUUAUUAAAAUAGAAAAGGGGAAAUAUGGUGAUAUUUUAUUUGUAUUAAAAUAUUAUUUGUAUGUUAAUGAAUAAAGUUGCCCGGGGGUCAGAGCUAUUAGCAAGCCAUAGGAAAGCAGGGCAGUGGUAGCGUACGCUUGUAAUUCCAGCACUUGGUAGGCAGAGCUGGGUAAGUCUCUGUGUGUUCAGGGAUACAGCCAUUAUUGGAUACACAUGCUCUUAAUCUUAAUACCAAUCAUGGAAAACCUGGAGGCCUAUACAGACAGGCUGUGAGGAGGUGGUCAUGUGGUUGGGUUUACAACCAAUGAGAAGGCAGGACAGGAACUCUAUAUAAAGACUUUAACACAGGGGUAUCUCUGGUUCGGAGAGGUAGGACCACCGCAGGAGGAAGGGUAAGGUUUUAGCUCUUAGCUCUGACCUCUUGGCUUUCUUCUUUGCAUUGGUUCUGUGUUUCUUAUUUAAUAAGAAGGUUGGAUACAUCUACACACUGUAUACAUAAUGAAUAAAUCUUUAAAAAAGAAAGAAAGAUCACACGAGGAAAGCUCCUAUGAGUUCAAGCUGUAUGUAAUACAAGGAUAAGCUGCAUGUGGCAAGAAUAUAUUUUUCCAUAGAAGCAUGUAAACAAAUAAUAGCCAGUUGGAAUGAAUAAUCUGAAGUAAACUCACUCCUAUUCGAUACACCUGGGAGGGGCACAGAAGCACAAUCCAAGAACAAUUCCAUGUUUUGAAGAAACUGAGGUCACAAGACUCUUGUUGUUUUCUUGGAGUUUCCUCACAAGCACUCAGAAUUUUUUUUUGAGAAUAUUUCUUCUUUUGUUUAUUUAUUUUAUGUGCAUCCGUGUUUGCCAUGGGUGUCAGGUCCCCUGAAACUAGAAUUACAAACAGUUGUGAGCUGCCAUGUGGGUGCUGGGAAUUGAACCUAGGUCCUCUGGAAGUGCAGUCAGUGCUCUUAACUACUGAGCCAUCUCUCCAGCUCCAACACUCAGAAUUCUUACACAACUCCAUUCUUGGACUGUGUUCCUAUACUCCUCCACCCACAUUGUGGUUACGUCCUACUGAAGCCACUGUAAACUGAAGAACACCCUAAAUUGAAAUGCAUUUGUUACACCUACCUUCCUGACCAUCACAGUCAGAAUAGCAGGUCACUGAUCAUCCCAGAGGCCAUGUGACCAACAGGUGCCCCUCAUCUCCAGAGAGUAUCCUGCUUCAGAUUGCUUGCCCAAAAUCUUGGAACUCAAGCUAUAGCUUCUACAGAAUUCAUUUUGCUUUCACACCAUUGUAAAGUCAGAAGACCCUAAGCUGUACAGGUCAGCCAGGGAGCUGUCUACAUACAGUUGAAUGCCAGCUUCUCCAUGUUUACAUAGCUUUACUUUGGUUUCUGUGGAUCUCAUGUAAAGCAAGAUGUUUCUCAAUAAUUCUCUUGAGCUGGUACUAAGUUAUAUCUCAGACAAAUCUUUUGCUGUUUCUAGGCACAACAGUGCGGAUUAUGGAAGUUGGCCACUUUCUCACCAAUAGGCUGGAGAGAAAGGGACAUUCCAUCUUUGUACACUUGACAUUAACCAUGUGUGGUGAUAUUGUGUUCCCCAAUAUAUUGUGCCUCUUAAUAAACUUAUCUGGGGUCAGAGAACAGAACAGCUGCUAGAUAGACAUAGAGGCCAGAAAAUGGUGGCACACAUAUCUUUAAUCCUAUCAUUCUGGAGGCAGAGAUUCAUCCGGAUCUCUGUGAGUUCAAAGCCACACUGGAAACAGCCAGGCAUGGUGACACACACCUUUAAUCCCAGGAAGUGAUGGCAGGAAGCAGAAAGGUAUAUAAGGUGUGAGGACCAGGAACUAGAGCCUGGUUAAGCUUUUAGGCUUUUAGCAGCAGUUCAGCUGAGACUCAUUCAGAUGAUGAGGCGUCAGAGGCUUCUGGUUUGAGGAAAUGAGAUCAGCUGAGGAACUGGUGAGGCGAGGUUAGCUGUGGCUGGUUCUGUUUCUCUGAUCUUUCAGCAUUUACCCCAAUACCUAGCUCCAGGUUUGCUUUUAAUAAUAAGACUCUUUAAGAUUCAUGCUACAACCAUGAAACUUUCUGUUUAUUCCAGAAACAUAGCCAUCUUUAACUCCGAUCUGAGAUAUAAGAAGAAGCUUUUGGUUUUUACCAGUCAUCACUGUAGAUAAACUUAUAAACUUAAAGCAAGUGUCUGUGGUUGGGCUUUUCUCUCAUUUCUUGGUUGCAAUUACAGGUCUCUCUCUACAUAAGACUUCUCCUUGCUUUGUGAACAGACUAAUUUAGAAAAUGAAAAGAUAAUAUCAAACAGACUUCACAUCAAAAACAGUAAAACGAGGCACAUGUGGUAGCAGUGUAUACCUGAAUUCCCACUAUUUGGGAGGCUAAGGCAAAUAGACUAUAGCUCUGUGAAUUCCAGGACUAGGCUACAUAGUGGGAUCCUGUUUAAAAAAACAAACAACAAAAUCCUGUAAAAAGACAAAGGAAGAUCAUUGUUUAAUGAUAAAAGAUCAAUUAUCAUUUUUAAAAGAUUAUUCAUACAACAGCUGUAGAACAUACAUUCUCAUCAGCACAUUGAGCUUCCCCCAAAUAGACCAUAUCUUAGGGCACAAAACAAAUCUCAAAUAAUAUAAUUGUAAUUAGAAGUCAACAUGAGCCAGGUGGGUAUGAUGCACCUGUAGCCCACCUAAGAGAGGCUGAAGAAGGAAGACUGAAGACCUAACCUAAGCAAGCAACUUAGCUAAACCCCAUCUCAAAAGGAGUGUGUGGGGGUGGGGGGGAGCAAUGGCUCAGCAGUUAAAAGCUCUGGCUGUCCUUGCAGAUAACCUGGAUCCAGUUUCCAGCACCCAAAUAGUGGCUCACAACCACCCAUAACUCCAGUUCCAGGUACAUAUAUGAUAGAGAUGAUAUAACUAUACACCUGCAUGAAGGCAAAACACACACAUAAAAUAAAAAUAAGUCUUUUUUUUUAAAGAAAAGAACUGCAACAACAACAAAAAUUCAAGGCCUUGCAAACAGAGCUAAGGAAUUUGGACUUUCUCAUACCAGGAAACUAGAAACUUCGAUGAUUAAUUAACAGUGGACUCAACAGGAUGAGCAAAUGAUUGAAAAUUGUAUAACCUUCUUAGUUGGUAGAGUAAGACUAUAGAAUCCUGGCUAGAGCUGUCCUCCCUUUCUCUCCUUCCUCCAGAAUUCUGGUGACACCAUUUGAUAGUCUUUUGUAUUCUGUUUCUGGUAGGCACAGUGAAGUUCUCACCCACAGGCCGUCAUCCAUUAGUCAGAACGGCUUUCUGGGAAUACUCAGGUGGGGUAAGCAGGACUGAAUCACUUGCACUGGGAAUCUGGACACCCCAGAGAAUUUAGCUUCAUCCCCUUUGGUGAGGCAAUCGUUAAAUACAGUUAUUACUGAGGUCUGAGUGAUGUGUAAAUUAUAAAUCAGACAAUACUCAAAACUCACCAUUUCUAAUUGCUUGCUGUCCCUUACUGUCACUUAUGCUCUUAAGGCUACCCGUGUCAUUGUAUGUACAAGGUGGGAACCCAACAUAAUGGUGUCCUGUUGUAUUGGUAGCUCAGAAUGUGCCAUAGUGGGAGUGUUUAUACUAUGGAAAGUGACACGCACAUAGAUCAGAGUUUUUCUACAGUUUGUAGCUAAACACUUUCCCAUUCACCAUCGGCCUCCAGCAGAUGCAAUCAUAUCUUUGUGAAAUUUUUUUGCAGACACCCUUAAUAGCAGUCUGAGGAGCCCAGAAAUCCUGGAGUUUGAGAGACAUGAGACAGAGAAAAGAAUGUGGCCAAAGGUCAGUGGGAGGGUGUGCACUGGCCACCUGUGAGGUUGAGGCAGAGAGGGCGGCACCGGUCAAGCAGGGAAGACCCACACCAGGGACUGAUAGGGCAGAAAGUUGAUUCCAGAGUCCUGGAGACAGACAACAGAAAACAUAAGGGCCUGGAUUCCAGAAGAAAACACAGGAGUUGCCCAUUCUACGCUGAGAGUUGUCUCAGAAGAUGGAGGAUGAGGAGCUGCAGCCCUGCGGAGGCCCUGUGUGCCAGCACCCAGGAAGACUGGGGUCAACAGAGUAUGCCCAGCCUGGAGUUGUGGAGAAAGUGCGGCCAAAGUGGAGCAACCCCCUGCAGUUCUUACUCGUCUGUGUCUCCUAUGCUGUGGGCCUGGGCAAUGUCUGGCGCUUCCCCUAUUUGUGCCAGAUGUAUGGUGGAGGCAUUGCUAGCUUGGUGGUUUCCUUCUUGAUCUCUGUGUAUUACAAUGUCAUCAACACCUGGGCUAUCUGGUACCUCUUCCACUCCUUCCAGGAUCCCCUGCCGUGGUCUAUUUGCCCACUGAAUGAUAACCGCACAGGCUAUGAUGAGGAGUGUGAGAAGGCUUCAUCAACACAGUACUUCUGGUACAGGAAAACACUCAACAUUUCACCAUCCAUUCAGGAGAAUGGAGGAGUGCAGUGGGAGCCAGCACUGUGUCUCACCCUGGCCUGGCUGAUGGUCUAUCUGUGCAUCCUGAGAGGCACCGAAUCAACUGGCAAGGUGGUCUAUUUCACUGCAUCGAUGCCCUGCUUUGUGCUCAUCAUCUAUCUGGUUCGGGGCCUCACACUCCACGGAGCCAACAAUGGCCUGGUGUACAUGUUUACACCUAAGAUUGAGCAGCUAGCCAACCCCAAGGCCUGGAUCAAUGCAGCCACGCAGAUCUUCUUCUCAUUGGGCUUAGGGUGUGGUGGCCUGAUUGCCUUUGCCAGCUACAAUGAACCCUCCAACAACUGCCAGAAGCAUGCCAUCAUUGUGUCCAUCAUCAAUAGUACUACUGCCAUAUUCUCCAGUAUUGUGACCUUCUCCAUCUAUGGCUUCAAGGCCACCUUCAACUAUGAAAACUGCUUAAACAAGGUGAUUCUGCUGCUGACCAAUUCUUUUGACCUUGAAGAUGGCUUUCUGACAGCCAGUAACCUGGAGGAGAUGAAGGACUACCUGGCAUCUACCUACCCAAGCAAGUACAGUGAAGUGUUCCCGCACAUUAGAAACUGCAGCUUGGAAUCAGAGUUGAACACGGCUGUCCAGGGCACAGGCCUGGCCUUUAUUGUCUACACUGAAGCCAUUAAAAACAUGGAUGUGUCCCAGCUGUGGUCAGUGCUCUACUUCUUCAUGCUGCUGACGAUGGGUAUGGGAAGCAUGGUAGGGACAGGAACGGCCAUCCUCACCGCUCUGACUGACAGCAAGGUCAUCUCUAGCUACCUGCCCAAGGAGGCCAUUUCAGGUCUGGUGUGCCUCAUCAACUGUGCCAUUGGCAUGGUGUUCACCAUGGAGGCUGGGAACUACUGGUUUGACAUAUUCAAUGACUAUGCAGCCACGCUGUCCCUGCUGUUCAUUGUGCUGGUGGAGACCAUAGCUGUAUGCUAUGUAUAUGGGCUAAAGAGAUUUGAAAGUGACCUUCAGGCCAUGACUGGCCGCACCCUCAACUGGUACUGGAAGGCCAUGUGGGCGUUUGUGAAUCCACUGCUCAUCAUCAGCCUCUUUGCCUUCUACCUCAGUGACUAUGUCCUCACAGGAACGCUACAGUACCAAGCCUGGGAUGCUGCUCAGGGCCAUGUGGUGACCAAGGAUUACCCCACAUAUGCACUAGCUGUCAUUGGGCUUCUGGUAGCCUCCUCUACCAUGUGCAUCCCUCUGGUAGCCCUGGGGACUUUUGUCACACGCCACUUCAAGAGCAGAGCAAACCUUCCUAUGGCCUGAAAAGUAGACAAUGUAGACCCACUGUUAGUCACUCAUUGUUUCAUAGCUACUCCUACAGAAGACAUUCUUCAGUUACUUUUUAAAGCCAGGAGUACCUUCUGCUUCCUGAAUCUGCAAAGAAAAUUUAAUUCUCUGUAUCACAGGCUGUUAUAAAUCUAACUUUGGCCAUAAAUACUACAGGCUUUAUUUUCUAUCUUCCAUAAUGUAUACUUUUGUUGCCAGAAUUUAUACCCUUUUGUGUUAUAUUUUCAACUCAUAGUAUUCUCAUCACUUAGACUUUUAGCUUUCAUUCUAGAGAUAACAAAUAUUUACAUACCACCAUUACAGUAAUGAGAUACUGGAUUACAAAUUUACCUCUAUCAUUGCUUUUUUUGUUGCGACGGAGUCUUGGUCUGUAUGUACCCCAGGUUGAGUCUGCACCUAUGCAUCUUAGAAUAGGCUAGAAUCUGAUCCUCCAGUCACAGCCUCCCCAUGCUGACACAAAUGGCCAUGUGCCACCAAGCCAGGCAUAUACUUUUAUAACAGUAAUUAUCCUUUUGUUUCUGUUUGAACCAUUCCUUAGCAAAGUGAAUGGGGAGGGAGUAGGUAGGAGAUUCAAGAAACAGUCAGUGCUAGACUGGGCUCAAAUACACAAUCCUCUUACUUCACCUCCACCCCAGUGCUUGGAUUACAGCCAUGGCCUACCACACCUGACCUUUCAGUAUUUCUUGAAGGCUAUUUUAAUGAUUAAUUUCUUCUGCUUUUUCUUGUCUAGAAAAGUGUUUUGCUUCAUCACUGAAGUGUAACUUUACUGGAUAUGGUAUUCUUGACUGGUGGGUUUCUUUCUUUGAGCAGUUUGAAUGUAUUGAUAAUUCCAUUUAUUUAUAGUCUAAUGGAUAUCCCCUUAUAUGUGACUUAACUCUUGCGCCUUGGUAAUAGAGGAGGGGGAAAAUAAUGAGCUGUAGAACAAGCAAUAUGAAACAGAAGUGUAGGAUGAAAAUCUAGAGAGCACAAUAUAUAACAAUAAAACCAUAUUGAGAUUU